UGGAUGACCUGAUUGGAGCAUAAGCAGCAGCCCAGGAAGUAAGAAAGCGAGCGAGCGAGAGAGAGAGAGACAGACAGAGAGAGGGGAGGCAGUGGAAGUUGGGAAAAGAAGCGGAAAAAGUUUUUGGGACUGUUGCGUUUGGACGCUUAAUCUUAAAGCAGUCUAUCCUGGGGCGAGGGAGGCUGGGGGGGGGAGGGCCUAUCUCAAGCCCCCCCCUUUUUGUCCACGUGAGCUGCUCCUGGAAUCUCAAAGCAAGCCAGCCAGCGAGCAGCCAGUCAGAGGGUCAACCGGAGAUCCGUGCCCCCGCAAUGGAGGAAGAAAUGCCCGAUGAAGAUUGUUCCUUUGUGGAAGAGCAGACCAAGAGCAACCUCAGGGUCACCUCCCCGGAGGACGCCGCGCGCAGGCAGGCCUCGCCAAAUGGGCUGCCCGCUUCCAGGGCAGCAGACGCCAAAGAUCGCACCGUCCCGCGGAGACACACGUUAGGGGGCGCCCGCGGUAGCCGAGAGAUCCUGGCCAUGCAGCCGCCUGACAUGGACAAGAAGAGGGAGGCCUUCCUGGAGCACCUCAAGUACAAGUACCCCCACCACGCGUCGGCCAUCUUGGGCCACCAGGAAAGGCUGCGGGAGCAGUCUCUGCAGGCCAUGCUCUCCUCCCUGCGCUCGGAGCUGGACGUUCAGAGCUACCUGAUGACCAUCCGCUCGCCCGCUCGCACAAGCAGAAGCCCCAAGCACUGCCCCAGCCCGCAGCCCGGCGUGGACGCCGACCACCUCUCCCUCACCUCCUUGGACUCGCUGGAGGCCAUGUCCGAGGCAGACGCGCCAAUGGGCUUCACCCGGGGCAGCCGGGUCCGCGCCAGCCUGCCCGUGGUGCGAUCCGCCAACCAGACCAAAGAUCGCUCGCUCGGCGUGCUCUACUUGCAGUACGGCGACGAAACUAAGCAGAUCCGCAUGCCCAACGAGAUCACCGGCAUCGACACGGUGCGAGCCUUGUUCGUCGGCGCCUUCCCGCAGAUGCUCACCAUGAAGAUGUUGGAGUCGCCCAGCGUGGCCGUCUACGUCAAGGACGACAUGAGGAACGUCUACUACGAGCUCAGCGACGUCAGGAACAUCACGGACCACUCCUGCCUGAAGGUGUACCACAAGGACCCGGCGCAGGCCUUCAGCCACGGGCCCCGGCCGGCCAAUGGCGACGCCAGGGUGAGCGGGCGCCCGCCCGGCCCAUUUUCUUCCCUGGAACUGAUUUUCUGAUCCUUUCAUACGUAUCUUGAUACAAUACGCUGCUUGUUUCUUCUUUGUUGUUUUGAGGGGUGGGAUCGCCAUUUCAAUUGUUUUCAGUCGGAAAAUGUGAUCAAUUUCAUGGUGUCUGUACUCCUUUCCUCUUGUCCUGCAAGUUUAAAUUGUGAAAGAAAAUUGCAUACUAUAUUUUACAGCAGGCAGUAAUGGUUACGUAAAAGGCAGGCCGGCAGGCAGGUAGGCAGGCAGGCCGGCAGGCAGGUAGGCAGGCAGGUAGGUAGGGCAGCUUGCAAACAACACUUUCUUAUCCUCAUUCACUGGAAGAUGGGUGUCGCGAUAGCUCUGUCACUCUUUAACCCGUGUGCGCUUGAACCAGAUGCAAAAGUUACGUGUGGAUGAGACGUGCGUGUGUGUCAAUGCAUUGCAUCAUGAUACUAACCGGCAUUUCGUACCACGUACAGUCGUACAUCCAAGGGGACACUGGUAAGUUGAAAGAGAAGCCCUAAUUGAAAGCAAAUGUUUGUCAUUUGCCAAGCGCUGCUCCUUUCUGUGAUCUCCAAGCUUUGAGAGAUUUAUGCGUAUUGUGCAGCGAGGUAGCCAAACACGGCUCGGAAAUUCAAUCUUUUUUUUACCAUUAUUUGUUGUGUUCUAUGUGUUGUCCGCUCUCUCUCCCUGCAUGCGAGUUUUCCUGACAAUUUGAAAAGCACUUAAGUUGAAGUACAAACAAAUGGAAAACAAGGCUGGUAAAAGCAGCAACUUAAAAGGCGUCGGCCGCUGUGCUCGUCACACCUCUCCCUUUUGUCAAUCUCAUGAGAAAUGGAGGCCUCAAAAAACAAAACCGAAAAGAUACCUGGAGCCCAAGUGAACUUUGCAUUUGGCUUUGGCUUCCUAUGAGUCGGGCUUUUAGUAUGUGUGAUUAAUAGCUUGUUUGUUUGUCUGUCUGUCAGGAAGAGUGUUGACUUUGCACUGCGACACAAUUCUAGUUUUUUUUAUUUAUUUUUUGCUCGGCACUCCACAUAACUUCCCUCAAGUUUCACAUGAAGACUUGCUGUAUUUUUUUUUCAGGUCCAUCUGCUCAAUAUUUUGUUCCCGCCCAUAAUCGACCCCCUUUUUUUUUUUUUUUUUACCCCUACCAGCCCGAGCACGGGGUGUGAUCUAUUGCCCUGUUUGAGGGCAACCUCACUCCGGCGGCCCCAAAUUAGCUGACGGCUGAAAUGUUGUCGCAGAUUAACCUCUCGGGCCGCAGCGGUGUUAUUGCUUGGCCGGGGCCCGUGGGCGCAAGCGAGCGAGCGCGUACCCGGCCGGCCGCUGGGAGCUUUGCCAGCGUGUCUGGAAAAUGUGCUGACAACAGCGCUUUUGUCGUAAAAAGCAACAGUGUCAAAAAUGAGCUGGGUGAAUGUUUUUGUUUCAAGGGCAGUUUCCGGAAACUCCGGAUUUAUACGGGACACAAGCCAGAGCGGCACUCGGCAAGCGUAAGGAGCAGAAUUUGGAGGGGCGCCGACU